UUUCCUAAAUUUUCAGUAUAAAUACUACUCUUGAAUGUGGGUUAAGGCAUCAGUUUCAAGUGAUCUUUCAAAAGAGGUAUUCCCAAACAAUACCCAAGAUGAAAUCCGCUCUGGCCAUUGUCUUGUGCUUCUGCCUGUUCUCGGCUGCAACUGCUGCUCCACAUCCAGGACUGAUCAGCUCCCUGACCGGUAUCAUUGGAACCGUUGUGAAUGGCACCGCUACUAUUAUCAACACCGCCAUCACUGGCACAACUAACAUCAUCACUGGCGUUCUGACUGGCAUCACUGCAGGCAUUACGGGCACGCAAACAUCUCUUAACACUGCUAUCAGCAAUGUCGGAGGUCUGAUCGCCAACAUUACCACGGGAGUUGCCAAUGCCACUGGCACCGCUCUGACCAAUGCCUUCUCGACUUUGGUCAACGCGCACCUUGCUCUGAACAACGUAGCUGUGGCCAUCGUUGGUAACAUCUCUGCUGAUGCUGCUACCGCUUUGAACAACACUGUCGCAGGUCUGCAAACUCUUGCUGUCAACCUGAACAACACCAUUGCCAACGCCAUCAGCGCUGGAAUCACCGGAACCUCGACCUUCCUGAACAAUCUGAACAACCUUACCAACGCUAUUAAGUCUGCUAUUCAGAACGUUACCGGAACCUUGAGCACGGUUCUUCCGACUGUGGCAUCCAACAUCCAGACUCAGCUGAACUCUACUAUCGGAGCUAUUACUGGACUUCUUGCGAAUGUUGGCACUAACCUUGGAACCGCUGUGAACACCGCUUUGACCAACGCUGCCACUGCUCUCGGAAAGGCCGAAUCUGCCCUCGGAAAUUUGACCAGCAACGUUCUAGGAAACCUGACCACUCAAGCUCAAGCAGCUGUCCAAACCGGUGUGACCAACAUCCAGAACCUGGCCAACGCUCUUAAAACGACUCUGGCCAAUGCCAUCAGCGCUGGAACCACCACUGGCACUACCCUCGCUUCGGCCUUGAACAACCUGACAAGUGCCAUCAACGCGACCCUCCAAGGCAUUAACGGUGUUAUCGCCGGAUCGGUCCCCACUCUGAUCAGCAACGUGCAGAGUCAGUUGAACAAUGGUCUCACCAACCUGGCUAACCUUGCCGCAUCUGUCGGAGCCUCUGCCGGAACUGCCGUCGGUACCACUCUGGGCAAUGUUGUUUCCGCUCUGGCCAACACCAAGGCUGCCCUGGCCACGGUUGCUGCUAAUGUGCUUGGAAACGCCACCGCCCUGGUGUCGGCUGAUGUGAAGGCUGCCGUUGCGGACAUGCAGAACAUUGCCAGCACUCUGAACGCCACUUUGGCUAACGCCCUUGCUAACGGAGCAGUCCUGACCAGCGAUGUUCUGUCUGCCCUGAACACUUUGGCCGCCAACUUGAAUGCCACCGUGCAGGCAGUGGCCGGUGCGAUUGUGACGGCUCUGAACACUACCACCACUACCACGACCACGACUACGACCACUACGGCCGCUCCAACGACUGCUGCGCCCUUCUGCGGUGUUCUCUGCCAGCUGAUUAAGGCUCUUGGGUAAAUUAUUCUUGGGGGAAAUGUUUCGACAGAAUUGAUAUGCGGUUUCACCAUUUGAGUGCUAACAAGAUCUUUUGUUACCAUUUUGUGAUUCGAAGAAUAUAUGUAGCUGAACAAUGUUGAUACCGUAGAUCGUCUGGGAUAUGACUAAGUAAAAAUUUCGAAAUAAAUGCAUUAGAUAAAUUAACACAAA